GCUCACUCGCUGCCGGGUCGUGAGCACGAUAUUUCGAGUUGCGUUCCCAAAAGUUUGAUUUCGCCACAGGUAGUUUUAGUUGCCUAUAUAUUUAGUGAGAUUAAGUUGCGGCAAACGUCCCUGGCAUCUGUAAUUCAAGAAAAGUAUUUGUUGCAAACUGACUAAAAAUCCCGACCUACUCUGAAACUGCCAUGGCUGAACCGAACCCCCACAAGCUGAUCACCUGUCCGUACGAGAUGUCCCACCAGGUGGAGCAUUAUCGUAUGCACAUACACCUGCAGAAGUGUAGGAAACAACAUCGCGACUGCAACAAAGUGUCGUGCCCGUUUGAUUCCACGCAUGUUGUGAACGAAGUUGAAUUGGAUUUCCACGUGACCGUCUGUCCGAAACGCCUCAUGUUCGACAGGGAGGUGUACAUAAUGGACGAUUAUUACCAGCCGGCAGCUGCUGCGCCGGCGGCGCCAACUGUGGUGCCCUGCGAGGAGAACUGGGACGAGGAAGCGACAACUUCGUAUGAUCCGAAUCAGGCCAAAAAGGGGUCCCAUGUCAUCACCAAAAUAAAGGGUGCUACCCCCUCUGAACGAAGAAAGGCGCGUAUGGAAGGUGUGAAAAAUUUCCGACCACUUGAGAACUAAAUAUUAUGUUAUAGUCAGGAAAAAUCAUAGAAUUCGGAAUAAUAGGAGACUGUAGAAGUGGCAAGUACUGGUGUAAGUAUGUGACUUCACAACUAGUAGUAUGUGACUGUACAUAUUGCAUAUCAAUUCUGGAUUCCCUUUUGACAUAUUAAAAGAUGUAAUUGAAAUUUCUGGCCACUUGAAUAAACUGAAUGUUAAUUAUAAAUUAAUUAGUAAAAAUAUAUCCGUAUAUAUAUAUUUUUAUUAAUCAAAUAUUUUAAUAGUUUUUGACAAAUCAGCAAACCGAUCUCUUCCAGCCAACCUUACUACCUUACCUUACUUAGAUACUAUAUUUUAUAAUAACUAUUUAAAAAAGCUAAACGCCCAAGAUCCAGUUCAAUCAGAAAAAGUUCUUGAACUUUAGAAGUGGCAAUUACUGGUGAAUGUGACGUCGCUAAUAGUUGUGACGUCAUGAAGUUUUCAUAUUGUGAAUUAUGAUAUUUAUUUGACAGCUUUGCAACUGUGCAGUUGACCGUGUGCGAUGCGAUUGUAUAGUUUCAAGUUCUGUGUCAUUUCUAUUGGCUUGCAUUGUUCCGAUUACUAUGGGAAAUGUGACGGGUUGAAAGUUUAAGUCCAACGUUUGAGCAACGCAUUUUUAGGGCAUAAUUUGGGCUAUAGAAUGACACAACACCGGCAAACAAUUAUAAAAGAUUUCCUUUGUGAAGUGAAAACUUGUCUAAAAGAGCGUGAGUUAUUAUAAAUUAACCUUAUAAUUUAUGAUAUCUUUAUGAAAAGUAUAAUUAUUAAUUGUCUUCCUUCUAGCUAUAGUACUUAGCAAGUUUUUCAUAACUCACUUUCAUAAUUUUAUAAAUGUUAAAGUUAUUAUAAAUUUUAAUAUUAUGAUUGGUCAAUUUUUAGCCUUAAAUUUGAUAAUUUUUUUUCAAUUUUGGGUUUCAAAUUUUUUUUUUGGGAAUAUUUUUCUUUUCACGAUAAAUUUUUCACAAAAAAUUAAUAAUUUACUAAUAUUUGGUGAAAUGUAGUAUGUCUUACUGACAUUUUAACACCAAUAGGUAUGUUAUCUGUAUUCACAAAUGAAUAUACCUAAAUGCUCAAUUUGUACGCUCGAAAUGUUUUCUUAUUAAUUUGAAUUGGCCUAAAGUGAACUAUUUAACUAUGUAUGCCAUAUGAUUUUGACAUGUGAAAAUAACGGAGUCGUAAACAUUAGCCCCAAAAUGUGCUCAAUUUCUGUCAAAAUAAUGCCAUUAUUACUCCUAAGACCCAAGUCUGACAGACUCAGACAGACUUGAUUGAACGUGUGUAAUUAUAAGGUGCAGUCUAGUAACAGCUAGUCGCUAGUCGUCGGUCGUUCAGUCGGUCAGACUUAGGUCUUACGUAUUAAAUCGCUGGUCCUAAAUGAGGCGUUGUUUAUGUCCAAAGGAUGUUAAAUAUACAGAUAGGAUAGUUCCAAAAAUUUUAACUUUAAGACGUUUGAAAAAACUUGUCAUAAAUAUGGACUUGUGUGGCGAGGUAAUGCCCAAGACAGUGCGACAAAAGACGUGUAUGCAAACAUCAUAUAGGUGUUUGCAUACAUAUGUAUGUCUUCCGCUGUUUUUAGACUUAAGAAAGUAUGUAAGAUUUUGUGAAGUUACCAUAAGUAUGUUGACGAGUCAUCAGGCAAAAUUCUAUAUUUUUUAAGUCUUUUUCUCUAUAUCUUGUGAUAUAAGUUUACAUCUUCUGAAAGAAGAAACUUUAUGACUGAUAGGUCGAAGUAACUACUGUACGUGUAAGUUCCUUGGUGUUACCCGAAAUUCGUACGAUGUCGCCGUCAUUAGCUGUUUAUAUCAAAUACACGGAAAAUUCAGUGCGUAUUUUAUAAAUUUAUUUGGCCGCCUUGUAUCGAGUAUGUACUCUACUUCGUGUAAUAUACAUACAUUAGUUUGAAUGUAUUGAUCUUAUAUACAUAGCUGGGCACCGUUAAUCAAAUAGUUAACUUCGUUAAUCGUUUAUCCGCUACAAAAAAAGUUAGCUUCGUUAAACGUUAAAGCGUUACAUUUGGGAAGAAUUAACGCAAGUUAACGUUAAUCGUUAAUCCGUUAAUAUGUGUAAAAUUGCAUUUUUAUAUCGUUGCGUUAGUGAACUUAUAAAACUUGUUGGUUUAGGUUCUGGAAGUUAACAGGUUAGGAAUAAAACAAAAUACUUGUAUAAUUCAAAUGUGUAAUUUAAUUGUCGGGCAUAAGGUGCAUAUUCCCCUUCAUGAACAUUAACAUGUUGAAGUUCUCGUCUGAAAGCGACGCUCGUUUUGGUGUUAAAAUGUCUUUACCCGUGGAAAACAGACGUUCAACUGCAGCGCUUGAGGGUAUAGCAGUAUUGUAUUUAAUAAAUAGAUUUAUAAAUAUUUGUUCCCCGAGGAAUGCAGCAUCGUUGAACGAGUCUAUUGAUUUCAUGUCCAGCCACAUUUUAACGAGACUUUGCGCUUUACUCUUUAAAGAGUUGGAGCUCUUUGGUUUUUCUAUAGACUGAGUCACAGAAUAGGCUAUUACACUCUUUUUUGAAAACUGUUUUAAAUCAAUCCUGAGACUGUAUUUUACCUAUAGAAUUUUUAUUAAAAUUUUUUGAAGCCGAAAAGUGCUCUAAAAACGAUUUAUUAUUUAUGAUUUUGUAUUUUCGCGCGAAAACGCCAUCCGCCAUGCUGUUUUGACUCGUGACGUCAUACUUUUAGUAAACAAUACGGCUCUACGUAAGACUAAAGUAAAAAGAUUUUUGUAAUAAUGAAUUACAAUACAUAUUGUUGGUGUCUUGUUCCUGAAUGCAAGAAUACAAGUAUAAAAACACCAGAAAAAUCUUAAUUCAGCAGAACAGAAAUCGGGAUUGGACGCAAAAAAUUUCGCCACCAUCAACGUAUUAAUCCUCGGUAGAUUUAUAUUGUCUGCUUUCACAAAACCGUCUUCCAUGAUUCUAUUAAAUUAUUAAAGAGUAAAAACACAAAAACGUGAUAGAAAUUUUAAAAUUUCAAAAUAAACAGAGCCUGACAUCAUCAAUAUGUUUUCGAUUCGAUAUUUGUUUACUAAAAGUAUGACGUCACGUCAGUACCCAACAUGGCGGAUAGCGUUUUCGACUUUUGAAGAACAGAUUAAAAAAGAGGAUUUUUUAAAUUGAAUUAUAAAAUCCAUAUUGCACUUUUAUGAAUAAUGAUCGAUGUUUUUCUUUUAUUUUUUACAAAAUCUAUAAGAUACGUGCAUUUUUAUAUUUUUUUUUACAUCGUGUAAAAUAGCCUAUUGAAAAAGUCUUCCUCCUCGUCAUCAUCGUUGUUACUCGCAUUGCUCCCUCCGCCAGUUAAACUAUCUCUGUCCUUCGAAUUUUCCGCUGCUUCUUGUCUUAAAGCAUCUUCUACCUUUUUUUCCAUACCCUUUCUUACUGCAUCCACUCUACUGCUGUCAUACGUUUCCAGCCAUAUCAACCGGAACUUUGGGUGAAAUGCCGCGGCAAGUAGGCACUGUUCAUCAUUCAGGCAGGCAUUAGAUUAACGAUUAACGGACUACUGCAUAUUAACGGAAGUUAACGUGUCCGUUAACAUUUUUAAAAGUUAACUUAAAAGUUAAUUCGUUAAUCAAAAUGUUAACUUCGUUAAUUAACGAUUAACGGAUUAACGAGUUAAUGCCCAGCUAUGCUUAUAUAACAGCAUGAUCCAAUGUAGGUUAAGAUUCCUAACAAAUUUUUUUUGUGCAAAAACCUGACUUGUCCAACCGGACCGAACUUUCUGGGUUAAAAUAAUAACUCCAUUAAUAUAAAAUAAAUUUUCCGUCUUUGUGUGCAUACAUAUAAUCACGUCUAUAUCCCUUGCGAGGUAGACAGAGCCAACAGUCUCGAAAUUACCAAUAGUUUACGUUUAGCUGUUUGGCCUAAUGAUAGAAUUGAGAUUCAAAUCUUUGCAUACAUGAGAAAAAAAAAAGAAAAGAAUGCAUAGAUUUAAUUGUUGUGAAAAAGGAAAUUAAAUUUGUACCUACUAUGCGAUAUUUGGUAAAAAUGUUAAUCAAAAAUUAAUGUUUAAAAAAAUCGAAUUUCAUUCAUUUAUUUUUUUAUGAUAUUAACACGAGAAGGUAUCUUCCGUGUGUU